UUCAAUCUCAUUUUUUCUGGUGAAACACAUAUUGGAAGCCAGAUGGAGGCUGCUGGAAAAGUAAUCAAAUGCAAGGCAGCAGUUGCGUGGGGGCCUCACAAGCCACUGAGCAUCGAGGAGAUUGAAGUUGCUCCACCAAAAGCUCAUGAAGUCCGCAUUAAGAUUGUUGCAGCUGGGAUAUGCCGUUCAGAUGAUCAUUUCCUAAGCGGUGCACUAAACGAAGUCAAGUAUCCAGUGAUUUUAGGUCACGAGGGUGUUGGGAUAGUGGAGAGUGUGGGAGAGGGAGUGACCGACCUUAAACCAGGAGACAAAGUAAUUCCACUCUUCAUUCCUCAAUGCAGAGAAUGCAGAUGCUGUAAAAAUCCGAAUAGCAACUUGUGUUACAAAAAUGAUGGUAAAUAUAUCGGAUUGAUGGCAGAUGGCACCAGCAGAUUUACCUGCAGAGGGAAGCCGGUUUAUAACUUCGUAAUGACUAGUACUUUCACCGAAUAUACUGUGGUUGAUGAAAUUGCUGUUGCUAAGAUAGAUGACAAUGCUCCUUCGGAUCAAGUCUGCUUAUUGGGCUGUGGGUUUUCGACAGGCUAUGGCUCUGCUGUGAAGAUAGCACAGGUUAAGCCUGGCACUACAUGUGCUGUGUUUGGGUUGGGAGGUGUUGGCCUCUCUGUAGUUAUUGGAUGCAAAACAGCCGGUGCUUCCAGAAUCAUUGGUGUUGAUCUGAACAGUAGUAAGUUUGCAAAAGCAAAAGAAUUGGGAGCUACUGAAUGCGUCAACCCAAAGGACCACAAUGAGCCCAUCGAAGAGGUUCUGGCAAAGAUGACUAAUGAUGGAGUGGACUAUUCUUUUGAGUGUGUUGGAAGCACUGGAGUCAUGGUAUCUGCGCUCAUGUCCUGUCACUUUGGAUGUGGAACCUGUGUUAUUGUUGGUGUAUCUCCUUCAUCAACAAAAGUUUCGUUUGACCCUUUGCUUUUACUGACUGGACGUACAAUUAAAGGAGCAGUGUUUGGAGGUUUUAAGAGCAAAGAUGAAGUCCCCAAACUGGUAUCUGACUUAAUGGCAAAUAAGUAUUCAGUGGAUGGCUUAAUAACACACAGACUGCCAUUUGACAAAAUCAAUGAAGGUUUUCGUCUUCUGCGUGAAGGAAUCAGCAUACGGACAAUAUUGGAAUUUUGAAGGGCUGAUACUUUCAAGAUGUGAAAUGUUUACCUAUCAAGAUCUAUGAAAUUGUUUACCUUUUAAUUAUUGGCAUUCCAGGCUGACACAACCUAGUGACCUGGCUUGACCCACACCAAGGCGUGUGGUCGUUAAAGCAUGGAUCACAGUGGUGGAUGGUGGUUACUCAACAAAGUACUAUAACGCACACACUCUAACACUGUACAUGGACACUAACACUGUAUACUGAUUUCCCC